AUGGUCAAAUUCUGGCCUUGGAAGGGCGAGGACAACUCUCCAGCCUCAUUCGAGAAGGCGUUGUCGGCGUUGGCGGAGAAGAUAUCGAAGUCACAGACGCAGCUCGACUCCAUUCGCCAGAAUCACAGGCGUUUGAAGGCCCUGUGGACACUUUAUGCUAGCUUUGCCUACUUGCUCUGUGUCAUUAUUCUGUUUCUAGUGGUGGGGUGGAAAAAUUGGAACUACAUGGAAUACACAGCUAUUGCAGGAAGUCCUUUGUUCAUUUACCUCAUUCGACAGGGUAUCAACUCCUACUACAAGUUUAGAAUCGACACGGCUACACAGCGCUUGGAGGUCCAACAAGCGGAGCGGGCAAAGACCAUUGAUAAGCUCAAAGCUGCCACGAAGUACAACUCUACACAGGAGCUAUUAGAAAAAUAUGGCGGCACUCCAGCCCCAAAACCCAAGAAACCCAAGACCUCCCCUAAAAACCCGAAGGUUACCCAGGCUCAACUCCAGAGAACGGGAACAGGCCCUCCACCACCUACUGCCAAUAUUCAACGUCCUGGCCAGAAUCAAAUUCCAACCUCUAGCCAACCUUCCACCCCACAACACGUCCCUAAUAUGAGCCCUCAAUCAAAUAUAACCCCUUAUCCCGUCUCCCUGCCUGGACAACCAGGUCCUCCUGAAUUCGCGCCAAAUGCCUUCACCUCCCAAUCACAAUAUGCCCAAAGCGGUGAAUUAGGCGCAGAAGGACAUUGGUACGACAGAGUACUGGACCUAUUAAUGGGAGAAGAUGAGACCUCACCAAAGAAUCGCACAGCUCUCAUUUGCCAAGAUUGCCGACUCGUGAAUGGACAAGCACCCCCAGGAACCAAGAGCCUAACCGACCUAGGAAAAUGGAGAUGUUUUGGUUGCGGGGCUUGGAACGGCGAGGAAGAUGACGCCGUGAAGGCUGUGAAGGAAAUGCAAGAGAAGAUUGACCAGGAUCAUCCCACCACCAAUGAAGGCCCAUCUACGGAUGCCGUUGAGGGCGGAAAGGAUAGUGACGGGGAAGACGAGACUUCUGAUGCGAUCGAAGCUGAGGAUAUUGGCUCGGCUGAUGAUACUAUGGAGGUCAAGCCCAAGCGUGGACGGCCAAAAAGUACCAGGAAGAAGGCUUAA